AUGGAAGCAGUUGGUGCUGCAGCUGCCAUCGCACAGCUGGCGGGGCUGUCGCUCACAGCGGGCAAGUUGGCACGUAUCAACCUUUCAGUUGCCGUCCGGGAUUCUAGUACCGCACCAAAAGCCACGCGCGAGAGGACCAAGCUCAAUAUGCCUUCAAAGCAGCUGAAAUCUGAAAAUGACCCCGGAUACAUGCUGAUGCAGCACAGCAUGCGCGCCACUCAGAGAUACACCAUAGCCAGUACGGGAAAUAGUGGUCACCCCGCCAUAUCCAGCAAUGCAUUCUACAGCAUAGGCGGAAGUCUUACGGUGGAUUCAAGACUUAAGUCUCGAAAAGCCAAAUUUCUGUUCAACUUAGCCUUCAGACUGCUAGGCCAGUACAUUCUCCGGGUGGAGAUUCAGGCUCAGCUGCUUUGCCGCUUUUGGAAACUCAACCCUUCGCUCACUGGAUCACUUUGGGUUGUUAAUAUGCGGCCUGGUGACGCACCUAUUUUUUCAGCUUGUCGCUCCUGGAAUUUGGAAGAAGUGCAUUACUUGCUUAACACCGGGCAAGCGAGCAUAAAUGAUGCAGAUAAUGAGACAGGAGGUCUUCUUGAGCACGUAAUCCUAGGCCGGUUGCCUGGCACCGAUAGGGCAGCGGUGCGUGAGACAGACUUUCUUCGUGGAGGGCAGGCAUUAUUGGAAUACCUGCUUGAGCAAGGCUGCGAUCCAUCAAUCACUCACUUGAGGGCUGAAAAGGCAUUGCCUGCGGUACUUUCCGCCUUUUCGCUAGGUUAUAGAAACGCUACCUCCACCAUGAUAUCUCAUGGAGCAGACAUCAACUCGUUUGGCAAUAUGGUGGGUGGAUUAUUCGAGUCUGUCGGCACAAGCACAUCGCAACUUCUUUGGAAAUUUCGGCUUUUACAGUCCAUGGGAUAUUCUGAUUGGCGAUUAGACACACCUUCGAACCAUCUGCUCUACGGUGCCUGUUGGGGAAAACAACUAGACCUUAGUUUGUUUGCAUUGGAAAUAGCCAGCUUGGAUCCCAAUCAACCUGGUGAGCUCGGGAGAACACCGCUAGGCAAUGCAGCUCAAAGCAGGUGGUUGGAAGGUAUUUCUAUCCUCAUUCAGUAUGGAGCUCGCGUCAACGUCCGAGAAGGGCCUUGGGACGAGUCACCGCUAGGCCGUAGCAUCGCACUCUCUCACAUCUUAACCGAUGCUUCACACUACCUGCUACUCAAAGGUGCCGAUCCAGGGCUCCAAGACUCCACAGGACUCUCUUUGUGGGCUCACAUGAUGACAAAGCAGUAUGAUCCGGAAUACGGCUGGUAUCUCAAGUUCUCGUACAUUGCCUUCGAGGGUUCAGUGGCUCAUCUGCUUCAUCAUGGCUCGAACCCUUUCGAAAUUUUCGAUGGGGAUGAAAAGAGCCCUCGGGAAUACGAUGUCAGUAGAUGGUUCGCUUUAAUUGGGCACCUGCAAGCAUCUGAUAUUGCUCGAUUCAGGAGCUAUGGUAUGUCACGGAGGAAGAAUCUGUUUGCAGAAAGCUUCAAUGGUUUCUUACCAGCAGGACUUCUGCAAAGCAUCGAGGCCAUGGACAGCAGACGCUGCUUCGACUGGACGUUCAGAUGGGAUAUUGGCGGAGAGAUUAGCUGGGAUCACAACAUCUCAUCAGCAACGAAGGCGUUUGAAGAAGAGAGGCUGUCACGCGUCCCCAGGGAAGAACAAGAGAGAGGCUUCUACGCAACCGACGUGGUCGAGGAAUGGGGCUCGGAAUAUGACAGUGAUGACUACAUCACUGACGAGGGAAAUUUCGUCCCGAUUUGGGAGCACGCGGAUCCACGACACCAAGAUUAUACGGACGUGAUGUAUGGCGGGAAUCCAGAGUUUUUCAGAAACGCGACCGGGUUUUAUCGCCAUAUUGCAACUGCACAUGGGCGCAGGCAGCUUUCUCGCUGGCCUACAGUUCGGGCUCUGUGCGACGCGCUUCAGCAUGCCGGCUAUCGGGUUGAGAUGGAUGACGAAGGUGACUUGUGGUAUGAUUGCGAUGAUGGUGACAGGUACUUUGACGCUUGGGAGCGGCAGUCUGCGCAGGUCCGCGAUGACUGGCUCGUGAAUACGUGUCCGAUCUGCCAGAAUCUCGAGAAGUACGGCCUAGGCCAUAUCCUGGAAACUAAGAUGAAGGCAAAAGAAAAAAUAUCCGAAUAUCGAAGACAGGCCAGGGAAGGAAAAAGAAGGUACUUCUGA